UGGAAGCGUUGAAUAGCAUGAAUAAUAUCUAAUAUUAGCUGUCGUACGUAUUGCACACUGCAUAAAUUGUAUGUUGUAAAUCUAUGAUUUCAAGUUAAGGUAUUCUUAAACUCAUCAGAAUGUUAGAUAUAAAAGGUGUAUCGUUAUCCCUGAAGACAGAGAUAAAAUUACUAAGGAUUACUAGUGUAUUUGGUCAAAAGUACUGGUUGAAAGGAAACAUUUUACAAAAUGAACAGUUCAUCGGAUCCUAGACGUCCAGAACGAGAAGUUCGGUACAAACCGAGUGUGUCAGGCAGUCAGGCACAACCAGACGACAAUGCAACUCCAGAUUAUAUGAAUAUAUUAGGAAUGACCUUUAGCAUGUGUGGUUUAAUGAUGAGAUUAAAAUGGUGUGCAUGGGUUUCACUAUAUUGCUCAUGUAUUAGUUUUGCUAACUCUAAAGUGAGCGACGAUACUAAACAAAUACUCAGCAGUUUUAUGUUAUCCAUAUCAGCAGUUGUAAUGUCGUACUUACAAAAUCCACAACCCAUGACUCCACCAUGGGCAUCUGCGAUACAAUAAAGGAUUUUUUAAAUUCA